AUGGAGUCUUGCUCUGUCACCCAGGCUGGAGUGCAAUGAUGCAGUCUCGGCUCACUGCAACCUCUGCCUCCCAGGUUCAAGCGAUUCUUCUGGCUCAGACUCCUGAGUAGCUGGGAUUACAGGCGCCUGCCACCACACCCGGCUAAUUCUUGUAUUUUCAGUAGAGGCGAGUUUUCACCAUGUUGGCCAGGUAUCUUUAAGAGUGAUUGAAGAGAAUAAUUCAAAAUGCCUGAAAAUCCUGCUACAGAUAAACUGCAGGUCCUGCAGGUACUUGAUCGCCUGAAAAUGAAAUUGCAGGAGAAGGGUGACACGUCACAGAAUGAGAAGUUGUCUAUGUUUUAUGAGACACUAAAGAGUCCUCUCUUCAACCAGAUACUCACACUUCAGCAGUCCAUCAAGCAACUGAAGGGGCAACUCAACCAUAUACCCUCAGAUUGUUCAGCCAACUUUGAUUUUUCUAGGAAAGGUUUGUUAGUGUUCACAGAUGGUUCCAUUACUAGUGGAAAUGUCCACAGGCCCUCUAAUAACUCGACUGUAUCUGGGUUAUUUCCUUGGACCCCGAAGUUGGGAAAUGAAGACUUUAACUCAGUCAUUCAACAGAUGGCUCAGGGCCGGCAAAUUGAAUAUAUAGAUAUAGAACGGCCUUCAACUGGAGGCCUUGGAUUCAGUGUGGUGGCCCUCAGAAGUCAAAAUCUGGGAAAAGUUGAUAUCUUUGUGAAGGAUGUCCAGCCAGGGAGUGUAGCAGACAGGGAUCAAAGAUUAAAGGAAAAUGAUCAAAUAUUGGCCAUUAAUCACACGCCAUUGGAUCAGAACAUUUCCCAUCAGCAAGCAAUUGCAUUAUUACAACAAACCACCGGAUCUUUGCGACUGAUUGUGGCCAGGGAACCAGUCCACACAAAAAGCAGUACUUCUAGCAGCCUAACUGAUACAACUCUGCCUGAAACAGUUUGUUGGGGCCAUGUUGAAGAGGUUGAGCUCAUUAAUGAUGGCUCCGGACUAGGUUUUGGAAUAGUUGGAGGAAAAACAAGUGGCGUGGUUGUGAGGACUAUAGUUCCUGGAGGAUUAGCAGAUCGAGAUGGAAGACUCCAGACAGGGGACCACAUCUUGAAGAUUGGUGGUACAAACGUGCAGGGAAUGACCAGUGAGCAAGUUGCACAAGUUCUAAGGAACUGUGGGAAUUCAGUCAGGAUGCUCGUUGCUAGAGAUCCAGCUGGUGACAUUUCAGUCACCCCUCCUGCCCCUGCAGCCUUACCUGUUGCCCUGCCUACUGUAGCCAGCAAGGGCCCUGGUUCUGACAGUUCUCUUUUUGAAACUUAUAAUGUUGAGCUUGUGAAAAAAGAUGGGCAGAGUCUUGGAAUUAGAAUUGUUGGCUAUGUUGGAACAUCUCAUACAGGGGAAGCGUCAGGGAUUUAUGUGAAAAGUAUAAUACCUGGGAGUGCAGCGUACCACAAUGGCCACAUUCAAGUGAAUGACAAAAUAGUUGCUGUCGAUGGCGUGAACAUUCAGGGUUUUGCCAACCAUGAUGUUGUUGAAGUAUUACGAAAUGCAGGGCAGGUGGUACACCUAACCCUAGUUCGAAAGAAGACAUCCUCAUCUACUUCUCCACUUGAACCACCUUCAGACAGAGGAACUGUUGUAGAACCACCAAAGCCACCAGCUCUCUUUCUAACUGGAGCAGUGGAAACUGAAACUAAUGUGGAUGGUGAAGAUGAGGAAAUUAAAGAAAGAAUGGAUACUCUAAAAAAUGACAACAUACAAGCCUUAGAAAAAUUGGAAAAAGUCCCAGACUCUCCAGAAAAUGAGCUGAAAUCCAGAUGGGAAAACCUAUUGGGUCCUGAUUAUGAAGUAAUGGUUGCUACUUUGGACACACAGAUUGCAGAUGAUGCUGAGUUACAGAAAUAUUCAAAGCUGCUGCCUAUUCACACUCUGAGGCUUGGUGUGGAAGUGGAUUCCUUUGAUGGGCACCAUUAUAUUUCUUCAAUUGUUUCUGGUGGUCCUGUUGAUACAUUGGGUCUCCUACAGCCAGAAGAUGAGCUGCUUGAGGUCAAUGGCACACAGCUCUAUGGAAAAUCUCGCCGAGAAGCAGUCUCCUUUCUUAAAGAAGUGCCACCCCCUUUUACUUUGGUUUGCUGUCGGAGGUUGUUUGAUGAUGAGGCUUCUGUAGAUGAACCAAGGUGCACUGAAACCUCUCUUCCUGAGACAGAGGUUGACCACAGUAUGGAUGUCAAUACUGAAGAAGAUGAUGAUGGGGAAUUAGCACUGUGGUCCCCUGAAGUCAAGAUUGUUGAACUACUAAAAGAUUGUAAAGGUUUGGGAUUCAGCAUUUUGGAUUACCAGGACCCUUUAGAUGCUACAAGAUCAGUGAUUGUGAUCCGCUCCCUGGUAGCAGAUGGUGUAGCAGAAAGAAGUGGGGGACUAUUACCUGGAGACCGCCUGGUCUCAGUCAAUGAAUACUAUUUGGACAACACCUCACUUGCUGAAGCUGUGGAAAUAUUGAAAGCUGUGCCACCAGGCAUAGUACGCCUUGGCAUCUGUAAGCCUUUGGUGGAAGAUAAUAAAGAAGAAGAAAGUUGUUAUAUUUUACAUUCAAGCAGUAAUGAAGACAAGACUGAAUUUUCAGGAACAAUUCAUGAUAUAAAUUCAUCUUUAAUACUCGAAGCACCCAAGGGAUUUAGAGAUGAACCAUAUUUUAAAGAAGAACUUGUGGAUGAACCAUUUCUAGAUCUGGGAAAGUCUUUCCAUUCCCAACAAAAAGAGAUAGAGCAAAGCAAGGAGGCCUGGGAGAUGCAUGAAUUUCUGACUCCUAGAUUGCAGGAAAUGGAUGAAGAAAGAGAAAUGCUUGUUGAUGAAGAAUAUGAGUUAUAUCAAGAUCCCUCUCCAUCCAUGGAGUUGUAUCCCUUGUCGCACAUUCAAGAGGCCACUCACGUGCCCUCUGUGAAUGAACUUCACUUUGGUACACAGUGGUUGCAUGAUAAUGAACCAUCCGAGUCUCAAGAGGCAAGGACCGGGAGGACUGUCUAUUCCCAGGAGGCACAGCCGUAUGGCUAUUGCCCUGAAAAUGUGAUGAAAGAAAAUUUUGUCAUGGAGUCCCUACCAUCUGUACCAUCAACUGAAGGAAACAGUCAACAAGGCAGAUUUGACGACCUGGAAAAUCUUAAUUCAUUAGCAAAAACUAGUCUGGAUUUAGGCGUGAUCCCGAAUGAUGUCCAAGGUCCUAGCUUGCUCAUUGACCUUCCUGCUGUGGCUCAAAGUAGGGAACAAGAAGACUUGCCUUUAUAUCAACACCAAGCGACGCGAGUUAUUUCCAAGGCCUCAGCAUACACAGGAAUGUUGUCUUCUAGAUAUGCCACUGAUACAUGUGACUUACCCGAGAGAGAAGAAGGCGAAGGAGAAGAAACUCCAAAUUUUAGCCACUGGGGUCCACCGAGAAUUGUUGAGAUUUUGAGAGAACCCAAUGUGUCUCUUGGGAUCAGUAUUGUUGGUGGACAAACUGUUAUAAAACGUCUAAAGAAUGGAGAGGAACUUAAAGGUAUAUUCAUCAAACAAGUUUUAGAAGACAGUCCAGCAGGGAAGACGAACGCACUUAAAACUGGAGAUAAAAUACUUGAGGUGUCUGGAGUAGAUUUGCAGAAUGCCUCACACAGCGAAGCAGUUGAGGCCAUUAAGAAUGCAGGAAACCCUGUGGUGUUCGUUGUUCAGAGCUUGUCAUCCACUCCACGAGUCAUUCCUAAUGUACAUAACAAGGCCAACAAAAUCACCAGUAACCAGUACCAGGACACCCAAGGAAAGAAAGAAAAGAGGCAAGGAACUGCUCCACCGCCAAUGAAACUUCCUCCUCCUUAUAAAGCUGUGACUGAUGACAGUGAUGAAAAUGAAGAAGAAGAUGCCUUUACCGACCAAAAAAUCAGACAAAGAUAUGCAGAUUUGCCUGGAGAACUGCACAUUAUUGAACUUGAAAAAGAUAAGAAUGGACUUGGACUCAGCCUUGCUGGUAAUAAAGACCGAUCACGCAUGAGCAUAUUUGUGGUGGGAAUUAACCCGGAAGGACCUGCUGCCACAGAUGGACGAAUGCGUAUUGGAGAUGAACUCUUAGAGAUAAACAAUCAGAUUCUGUAUGGAAGAAGUCACCAAAAUGCAUCUGCCAUUAUUAAGACUGCCCCAUCAAAGGUCAAGCUGGUUUUCAUCAGAAACGAGGAUGCAGUCAAUCAGAUGGCCGUUACUCCCUUUCCAGUGCCAUCAAGUUCUCCAUCUUCUAUUGAGGAUCAGAGCAGCACCGAACCUAUUAGUAGUGAGGAAGAUGGCAGCCUCGAAGUUGGUAUUAAACAACUGCCUGAAAGUGAAAGCUUCAAACUGGAAGACACGUCCCAGCUGAUUGGUCAGGGCACGGUGGCAGAUCAGCAGAAGGCACUGGAAUACCCACCUGACAAUGCUGUCAGCCAGAUGAAACAGCAAAAAUAUCCAACAAAAGUCUCCUUCAGUUCACAAGAGAUACCAUUAGCACCAGCUUCAUCAUACCAUUCAACAGAUGCAGACUUCACAGGCUAUGGUGGUUUCCAGGCUCCUCUGUCAGUGGACCCCGCAACAUGUCCCAUUGUCCCUGGACAGGAAAUGAUUAUAGAAAUAUCCAAGGGACGUUCAGGGCUUGGUCUCAGCAUUGUGGGAGGAAAAGACACACCCUUGAAUGCUAUAGUUAUCCAUGAAGUCUAUGAAGAAGGGGCAGCAGCCAGAGAUGGAAGACUUUGGGCUGGUGACCAGAUAUUAGAGGUUAAUGGGGUUGACCUGAGGAACUCCAGCCACGAAGAAGCCAUCACAGCCCUGAGGCAGACCCCCCAGAAGGUGCGGCUGGUGGUGUAUAGAGAUGAGGCACACUACCGGGAUGAGGAGAACUUGGAGAUUUUCCCUGUGGAUCUGCAGAAGAAAGCUGGCCGGGGCCUGGGCCUGAGCAUCGUUGGGAAACGAAAUGGAAGCGGAGUGUUUAUUUCUGACAUCGUGAAAGGCGGAGCCGCAGACCUGGAUGGGAGAUUGAUUCAGGGAGAUCAGAUCUUAUCUGUGAAUGGGGAGGACAUGAGAAAUGCUUCACAGGAGACAGUGGCCACCAUCCUCAAGUGUGCACAGGGACUUGUGCAGCUAGAGAUUGGAAGACUCCGAGCUGGUUCCUGGACCUCCGCAAGGAAGACAUCACAGAAUAGUCAGGGUAGUCAGCAGAGCGCACACAGCAGCUGUCAUCCCUCCUUCGCUCCUGUCAUCACUGGCCUGCAAAACCUGGUUGGCACAAAAAGAGUUUCAGAUCCUUCCCAGAAAAAUUCAGGCACAGAUAUGGAACCAAGGACUGUUGAGAUAAACAGGGAGCUCAGUGAUGCCCUUGGAAUCAGUAUUGCUGGAGGAAGAGGAAGUCCCUUAGGAGAUAUCCCUAUAUUUAUUGCCAUGAUUCAGGCCAGCGGAGUGGCCGCACGGACACAGAAGCUUAAAGUUGGAGAUCGGAUUGUCAGCAUUAACGGGCAACCUUUGGAUGGGCUGUCUCACGCGGAUGUGGUUAAUCUGCUGAAGAACGCCUAUGGGCGCAUUAUCCUGCAGGUUGUAGCAGAUACCAAUAUAAGCGCCAUAGCAGCUCAGCUUGAAAACAUGUCUACAGGCUACCACCUUGGUUCGCCCACCGCUGAACACCAACCAGAAGACACAGAAACACCUCCACCUAAGAUUAUUACUUUGGAGAAAGGCUCUGAAGGAUUGGGGUUUAGUAUUGUAGGGGGUUAUGGAAGUCCCCAUGGAGACCUGCCAAUUUAUGUCAAGACUAUAUUUGCAAAGGGAGCAGCUGCAGAUGACGGCCGAUUAAAACGAGGGGAUCAAAUUUUAGCUGUUAAUGGCGAGACCCUGGAAGGUGUUACUCAUGAGCAAGCAGUCGCCAUUCUAAAACACCAGAGAGGGACUGUAACCUUAACUGUGCUGUCAUGAGCCUCGGGCCUGAUCACAAGAUAGAUGUUGUUGCUUAGAAUAUCGACAGGCAGAUGAAGUUCUGAGUGGGUAUGAAAAGCACCCUCAACUAAAAUGCACCUUCAUUCUUAUUUCUUGUCCUCUCUGCUCAGGAGAAAUGGCUGAGGUUUCACGUGAAUUUCCCGAAUCAACAAUCAUCUCCUAAUGUUUCCCAGUUCCUGUCACCUGUUGGUGAGGUUGAUUUCUAAAACUUAAAUGAGUCUACCUGUUUUGCAUUUAAUUUCAGUGUUCUGAUCUCUUUUUUUUUUUUUUUUUGAGACAGAGUCUCACUCUGUCACCCAGGCUGGAGUGCAAUGGCGCAAUCUUGGCUCACUGCAACCUUGGCCUCCCAGGUUGGAGCGAUUCUCCUGCCUCAGCCUCCCAAGUAGCUGGGAUUACAGGCAUGCAUCACCACGCCGGGCUUAUUUUUGUAUUUUUAGUAGAGACGGAGUUUCCCCAGGUGGGCCAGGCUGGUCUUGAACUUCUGACCUCAGGUGAUCUGCCUGCCUUGGCCUCCCAAAGUGCUGGGAUUCCAGGCGUGAGCCACUGCGCCCAGCCCAGUAUUCUGAUUUUAACCAACUGGUUCUGAUUAUAUUUACCAAAACUGGAGUUAACUUCUCUUUCCUUAUACUCUUCUCUCCCUAUCCCCUACUCACACCGAGGCUUAACGGCAACCUCAGAUCUCAUCCAAUGGACAGAAACAAAUGUUAAGCAACUUGUCAUCUCACUCAUGAUUUACUUAUGCUAAUUGUCUCUUCAAGUAAGCAAGAAAACAUUAGCAGUGUAAUUAAUUUACCAGUGAUCCCCCAAGAUGAAAUACCAGAUUCUCCUAUGGGAAAUUACUGUGCUCUCUUCUGUAUGACUUAUAGUCAAAUAAGUCUCAAAUUCAUUUCUCUGGAUAGAUCUUUAUAUACUAGUCAUUGGUGAUUUUGAUGAGUCAAUUUACAGACUGUAAUCUUCUAAAAAUUCUGAAAUACUAAUUGUUUUCUGUGCCAUGUAAAUGCAUACCACUAAGCAAAUAACCUUAUUCUCAACAGGAACAACUAGCAUACAUGUUCUGAAUUCUAAUAGUGCUAAAUUACAUUCAAGUCCAGAAAGAUCACCUGGAAUUAAUGGCAUUUCAGUAGGUAGGCAUCAUUCCCAUCCCUCGGUCUUAGGAAAAGGAAGUAGAAGUCCCAGAACCACACUGCAGAGAUCAGCAAGUUUUGUCUCAAGUCAGACAAGGUCUAGGUGGCCUUGGCCUUGGCCUUGGCCUUGUGCAAAGUGGGUGACAUAUUUGAUUAUCUUUCCCUUUACCUCCAUAGCAGUCAGUCCAGCAGCACGGACUGCAGGAACCUAAUGGAGCAACAUACUUAGCUGCAAAGUGAGCAGAUGAAUUGAGCCUAGGAAUCUGUGAUGAACAUGCAUGGCUGAUGUUUCCUGAUCUCCAAGGAGACUCCCAUUUGCUGAAGUCUUGCAUGCUAAGAAAUCAACUACAGCAGAAAACACAAGAAUACCUUUAAGUUGAUUAUUGGCAAUCUUAUUCAUAUAUUAGCAAGAAAAAGGGAGAGAUGCUUACUGGUGGAUGCUAUAGAGUCCUCUGUUUUUAAAAGUACCAUGGCCGGGUGCAGUGGCUCACGCCUGUAAUCCCAGCACUUUGGGAGGCCAAGGCAGGCGAAUCAUGAGGUCAGGAGUUCAAGACCAGCCUGGCCAACAUGGUAAAACCCUGUCUCUACUAAAAAUACAAAAAUUAGCCGGGUGCAGUGGCAGGCGCCUGUAAUCCCAGCUACUCAGGAGGUUGAAGCAGGAGAAUUGCUUGAACCUGGGAGGCAGAGGUUGCAGUGAGCCAAGUUCGUGCCACUGCACUCCAGCCUGGGUGACAGAGCAAGACUCUGUCUCGAAAAAGAAAAAAACCAUGAAGGAUGAGUACUAGAGUCAGUAAUAGAAGUAGUUCAGCAUUAUUUAACUACAACACAAUGCUGCAAAUAUUUCACAGUAAUUAUCAAAAUCUAAUGGGCUCUAAUUUAAAAUGUUAUUUAAUAAGUAUAGAUUUUAACUGAGAAUUAUCUUUGAGUAGAUGUAAUCACAAAGUGCAUUAACUCUUGUUGGAAUAUUUUAUGGCUAUUCCAAAGUAUAGAGUGCCUAAAUUUUGUGUUGAAAAUGUCUUUCAUGAUGGUAUUAAGUUUUCUGAAAUUAAACAUGGCUUUUAAAAUUUCUAAUGUAUCCAAGAUGUGCAGUGUUGUUAGGAUCUCAUUCUUCAGUGCAUGAAAAGCUACCAACCUCAGAACAUUUUGUGUUAAUUGUACCUGCAAGAACACCUCAGGCAAGCCAAGAAGAAAUGAAACUCAAAUAAAACUUGAAAAUGCACCUUAAAAAUAUAUAUGCAUAUAAUAGUUUUGAAAUGGGAUUCUGCUUUAUUUUGAUGGAAUGGCCAUUAAAUACACAUUUUGAGAAAAUACAUUGUUGUUGUGUUUCUUUGUACAUUAUCCUUUUAGGUCAUGCUAGUAAAAGUAUAUUGAUGAAGGAAUUAUGAUGCUUUAUACUUCUUACUGCACUAAAUUGAUAGAACUAGGACUUGUCAUAAUUGGUUCUGUCUCUGCUCACAUGACUAAUAAGUAAUUGCCUUUCCAGAAAGAUAUUUUUGCCUCAGAACUUACUGACAAGCUGAGAGGCUAUGAAGAUGGAAAUCUGUGAAAGAAGUAGUGCUCUUAUAUUUGGCCUCAUCAUUUGGGCCAUUUCAGUAUAGUAAUGAUAUCACUAAUUAGAAUUAGCAUGAGAGGGAAGUAAGCCAGGAAGAAUAAAACUGCUGAAUGUUUGUAUGUAUAAGAUAUUUCCAAAGAUUCUAAAUAAAGGCCGUUGCGGAGUUUUAUUAUA